UCCUAUUAUGAUCAACCAAUAACGAUCAUUGUCCGACUGUUAUCCAAUCUGUUUCGAACUAAUCCAAUUUUCUAGUGAGAUUCAUACAUUCAAUCGAUUAAUAAACACAUAAUGGACAUUUAAUAAUACGUUGAAAUCUAUACGAUCCGAUCAAUUGUAGAAUCCUAUACAUACUAUUUCUGAUACGAAAAUAAUUAUUAACUACCUUAACAUCCAAUUCGUUAAAAUCUCUCUGUGGACUAUAUUUCUGCCAUUCAACACAAUGAUGACUCCCCCAUUUGUCGUUUUUUUAACUACUGCUCUGAUAUUUAUAGAGGAAUAUUCUUGUCCUGAAGUUGAUAUGCGUAUAGGGAAUAAGAGGACAGUUCUGGAUCGCUUGGAUGGAACGUGUGGGGGUGAUAAAACCAUGAAAAUAACCUUCGUGGCCAAGUCGAUGAAGGCUCAAGGGAAGAAGAUAAUCAUGAAUGCAACGUUCCACGUCUUAGAAGACAUCUUAGAUGACACAGCGAUAACGAUCUCGAUAACACGAUGUAAGGUUAGGGAAAAUCCCGAUACAUGUGAACAUUUCCAUUCGUUUAAUACGAAUCAGUAUUGCCAUCUUAUUUCCACGAAAUCCCCUCUAUGGUCUCCGUUUUUCGAUCAGAUCACACCACCCUGGAGAUGUCCAUUGAUGAAGGGCGACUACGAGGUUGAAAAUGCAAUGUUUGACGUGAGUUCCUUUCUGCUUUUUCCUGUACAAGGUUGGUUCUGGAGAGUGACAGCAGAACAACGAGAUCUGAAGACAAAACAGAAAAUCUUCUGUCUUAUCACCGAUACGCAAGUUACAACCUUGGGUAAAAUACAGUAAUUUUUAUCAUAUUUGUGUAUUAUUAUCUCACAAUUAAAGAAUUU